UAGCAGGCAACUAUAAAAUCCCCUUCCAAAGCCACCCAAAUUCACUGAUGCGUUCUGCGCGUGUAUAGAAGCGACUGAUUCGUCACUUCGUAUGACACGUAGCCUCGCAUCUAUACAAUAGAGUGAGCAGGUGGCAUUCAGAACUUUAUCAUUUCACAGUGGGUGGGUGUUCCUAGUUUGCACUGUAGCCUAGGCUGUAGAGACGCGCGAAUAGGCUACUGAGAGGGGAUCCAAUAGACUGCCCUGACUACACAGUAUACCGGCUAAAUGCCCAGCACCUGCAACUGUCUUCACCCGACCUUCAGUCUUGUCCUGGUAUCUGCACACAGGAAUACAUUAAGGUAAAAAGAACGGCACACGGCAAUGAGCUCCUCUCUUCCCAAGAGCGAAUCUACGACCUCUCUGUUGAGAUCUUCAGCGGUACCGGUGAGUCGCAGAUCCGAACAUCAUUCUGAGCAUCAUGGGUCGCGCAGCCACCGCAGUCACCAUCAUCAACCCGACGGAGGUAGCGGUGUACCUGAUGAGCCGUGUUGGAGCGAUGAGUGUGAGGCAAGCGCGCGCAGACCGCUUUGUCAACCGAGGCAUGCCGGUGGCAGGACAGACAGGAAUGGAGGUGAUAAACGGGUACAUUCCCACCACUUCCAACAACACAGCAACCACUACGAUGACGGCUACAGACAGGAAGAAAUGAGAGAGCGAAUGGAUCGCAGUGGGAAAGACCGCAGUAAGUCGUCCAGACACCCACACCCACACCACCACCAUCACAACACCUCCAAAUGUGACCUGCCGCCUGCGCAUCACCACGGGAACGCACGUCCGGACCGGAGGUCCUCGCCAACUCCAUCCCAUACAAAACAAUCCGACGAUACUGCGUACUUUUUUGAAUCAAAGGACAGAAUAAAUUCUGGGUCGUCCACGAGUUUAAACUCUGAUCCACCGGUAUCAUCCACGCCAGUGCCCGGUCCCCGUACCAGCCGCACCGCAAAAAGACUCAGCACAGCUCCACCUGAACAUGACUCCAAUCUGCAUCCGAUAGUGAAAUCAGUCUUCGGGCAGGACCAGAAGAAGAACUACAGAGCAGUGCAGUCCUGUGAGGAGGGGACUGGGGGGGGCUAUCUUGAGCCACUAGUGGCUAUGGCUCAGAAUGGAGGCAACAUGCACAACGUACUGGGGCCUGCCUGCAUCUUUCUACGCAAAGGCUUCGCUGAGAGCCGGCAGGCUGAUAGAGAGCUGAGGCCGGAGGAGAUGGAUGAGUUGCGCGAGGCUUUUAAAGAGUUUGACAAAGACAAAGAUGGCUUCAUUGGCUGUAAAGACUUAGGCAACUGCAUGAGAACCAUGGGCUACAUGCCUACUGAGAUGGAGCUGAUAGAACUGAGCCAGCAGAUCAACAUGAACUUGGGAGGACAUGUGGACUUUGAGGACUUUGUGGAGUUGAUGGGGCCCAAACUUCUGGCUGAAACAGCAGAUAUGAUCGGGGUCAAGGAGCUAAGGGAUGCUUUCAAAGAGUUUGACACAAAUGGUGAUGGCCAGAUCAGCACAUCGGAACUCAGAGAAGCAAUGAAGAAACUUUUAGGUCAACAGGUUGGUCAUAGAGACCUAGAGGACAUCCUACGGGACAUUGACCUGAAUGGAGACGGCCAUGUAGACUUUGAAGAGUUUGUGCGCAUGAUGUCUCGCUGAGUGUAGGUCAUGAUACCGACUGGUUCCUUUCCUGGUAAGAGAGGAAGAAGUGAAGGAGAGGCAGAGACGCCAGAGCCCUUAAUGACAGACCUCUUACCUCAGACUUCUGAACUACAGAAGGAGAAAACGACAUAUCAACCCCGCUCUGCUACUGCCACAUUUGAAGACAUGCACAGAAGCUAAAGGAACAACAUCAGUGAUCAUGAUGAUGCUGUUACUGCUGUCUCUAACAGCAAAACAGAACAACAGCCAGCCUCCCACAGUUUUACAUUGUACAUUUCAGAUAUUAGAGAAAACAUAUCUAGGUGUUUACAGGGUCUAAAGAGCAAUGCGAUGUUUGAGCUACUUACACUCAUUGCCAUGGUUGGUUAAUGCUGUAGCAAAGUAAAGACACAUUUACAUUUUUAACACUUUCUUACUUAUGCCAACGUCUCCUAUAACUAGUCUAAAGCAGCAUAUUCCCCUCUGGGGCUUUGGACUCCUAAGAUACACUUUUUAAUGGCAAUAUUAUUACAUCAGUGUACCAACUCUCAAAAUAUGUAUUGUUUGUGUGUGCGUUCAUGUGUGUUUGUGCACCUCAAUUAUCCUUUACUGUAAGAUUGCAUAUGUCUUAAGCUACUGUACAGUUAGUGUCAAACCCAUGGCAUAUGCUGGUGUAACAGUAUAACUUUACGUCGUCCCCUCGCCCCGACACGGGCGCGAACCAGGGACCCUCUGCACACAUCAACAACUGACACCCACGAAGCGUCGUUACCCAUCGCUCCACAAAAGCUGCGGGCCUUGCAGAGCAAGGGGCAACACUACUUAAGUCUCAAAGCAAGUGACGUAACUGAUUGAAAUGCUACUAGCGCGUACCCGCUAACUAGCUAGCCAUUUCACAUCCGUUACACUGGCUCUAUCUUGAAUUACAUGCCAUGUAUUACCACGGAUGCACUUUUUUAGAUUUGAUCAUUAUCAACACAUAUCGAGUUACAUUAUACGAGUUUUGAACAUAGAUGGGUACCUGCUUUGAUAAAUGGAAGAUCUGUUUCUUGGGAACUGAAUACUCUGGGGAAUGCGGUAGCAAUCAUAAUUAAUUGGUUUUCUUCGGGCCAACCGAAUACACAGUUUUGCACAUUGUUUUGCAUGAAUACUAAGAAUGCAUGCUCCACUUAUGAUUUAACCAGACACAGUCACUCCCCAUGCAAAUAAACAAUGUGCACCACAAACAAACAUACACACAGUAUAUUAUUGUGGUGAUCAACAUAACACUGAAACCUGUGUGAGAGUGUGUGUGUGUGUGUGCGUGUGAGAGAUCAGUGUGUAUUUAUGUACUGAUGAGAGUGUUUAUCUAUGAGUGCUUGUGUUUUUUUGUUCUUGUCUCCCUUAGGCAGUCUUAUUUGUGACUUUGCAUGUGUCUUACUUGUGUGAUUCUAUGCAUGCCAAAUAGUAAAACAAUUUGUAGCAUAGUAGAUGAGAAUAAAGAUUUUUGUUGCAAAAACA